CGAAUGAGAUGGCGGCAUACAGAGGGGCGGGGGCGCCGGCAGCCAAUGGGUGGCGCCGCGAGUGCGGCGGCUCGCUUUUUGAAUUGGCGGCGGCCGCUCAUGGCGGACUGCAGCGGGCGGUGCCGGCGCUGUUGAAGAGAGAAGCAAGACAUAAUCAUGGCUGACAACAGCACGCUGGUGUCUGAGACUGGGAGGAGCCUCUUGGCUGAUUCUUCUGUUCUUGAUUCAAAAAUUAUAGAACCCUCCAAAGACAAUGCGUUUCCUGGGUCUGUUUUGGAUGUUGAAGAAGAAAUGCCUCAAAUAGAAACAAGAGUGGUUUUGGUUCAGGAAGCAGGGAAAUGUGAGGAGCUUCUGAAAGCCUUGGAGAGCAUUAAGAUAAUGGAAGUACCUGUUAUAAAGAUAAAGAAAACUAGUCCUGAUAAAUCAGAAGAAAAAUUAAUAAAAAGUAUUAUCCAUAUGGAAAUUAAAGUGCCCUAUAUAAAGACAGACACAAUAGAAGAGCUUGGAGAUUCUGAUUCCCCAGAGUUUGAGACUGUCUUCGUUGUAUCAGACUUCCAAGAUUCCAUCUUUCCCAACCUUUGCAAAGCCGACUGCCGUGUCAUUGGACCGCCGGUCGUAUUGCACUGUGCACAGAAGGGAGAGCCUUUACCUUUCUCCUGUCGUCCACUGUACUGUGCGAGUAUGUUGAACUUGGUACUGUGCUUUACAGGAUUCAGAAAGAAAGAAGAAUUAGUUAAGCUGGUGACCUUGGUUCAUCAUAUGGGUGGAAUUAUUCGAAGGGACUUCAGCUCAAAAGUUACACACCUGGUGGCGAACUCAACACAUGGAGACAAAUUCAGAAUUGCUGUAAGCCUUGGUGUUCCUAUCAUGAAAACUGAGUGGAUUUAUAAGGCCUGGGAGAAAAGAAAUGAAAUUGAUUUCUGUGCGGCCGAUGAUGACUUUAGAAGCCAGUUCAAGGUUCCUCCCUUCCAAGAUUGCAUGUUAAGUUUCCUGGGAUUCUCUGAUGAUGAGAAAGCUAACAUGGAAGAAAUGACAGAAAUGCAAGGAGGACAUUAUUUACCUGUUGGUGAUGAAAGAUGUACCCACUUAGUGGUUGAAGAAAGUACAGUAAAAGAUCUUCCAUUUGAACCUUUAGGAAAACUUUAUGUUGUAAAGCAAGAGUGGUUUUGGGGAAGCAUUCAAAUGGAUGCCAGAGCUGGAGAGUCCAUGUAUUUAUUUGAGAAGUCAGAGAGUCCUGACUUCAAGAAGUCUGUGUCUCUGCUUUCCCUGAACACUCCAAACAGCAACCGCAAAAGGCGCCGUUUGAAGGAGACUCUUGCACAGCUGACCAGGGAAACAGACGUGUCCCCGUUCCCUCCCCGGAAACGCCCCUCAGCUGAACACUCACUCUCCAUUGGGUCCUUGCUGGAUAUUUCCAACACUCCAGAGUCGAGCACUACCAAUGGAGAAACACCAAAAUCCUGUGCAAGGCCUUCCAAAAACUCAACUCCUCUUCCACUAAAGCAGUCUGCAAGAUGGCAGGUUGCAAAGGAAUUGUAUCAGACAGAAAGUAACUAUGUUGAUAUUCUAACAACAAUCAUUCAGUUAUUUCAAGUUCCGUUGGAGAAGGAAGGACAACUUGGGGGACCAAUCCUUGCACAGGAAGAGAUUAAGACCAUAUUCGGCAGCAUUCCAGAUAUUCUUGAUGUGCACACUAAAAUCAAGGAAGACCUGGAAGAUCUUAUGAUAAAUUGGACUGAAAGCAAAAGUAUUGGUGAUAUCAUUCUUAAAUACUCAAAAGACUUGUUGAAAACAUACCCUCCAUUUGUGAAUUUCUUUGAAAUGAGCAAAGAGACUAUUACAAGAUGUGAAAAGCAGAAGCCAAGGUUUCAUGCCUUUCUAAAGAUAAAUCAAGCUAAACCUGAGUGUGGCCGCCAAAGUCUAGCUGAACUCCUUAUCCGUCCUGUUCAAAGGCUGCCCAGUGUUGCUCUACUACUAAAUGAUAUUAAGAAACAUACAGCAGAAGAGAACCCAGAUAAAAUAACUCUAGAGAGAGCUAUUGAAUCAUUAAAGGAAGUGAUGACGCAUAUUAAUGAAGACAAAAGAAAAACAGAGGCACAAAGGCAGUUCUUUGAUGUUGUUUAUGAAGUUGAUGGAUGUCCGGCCAAUCUCUUGUCCUCUCACCGAAGCUUAGUUCAGCGUUUGGAAACCAUAGCACUUGGUGAUGACCUCUGUGACAGGGGAGAACAGGUCACACUCUUUCUGUUCAAUGACUGCCUAGAGAUCGCGAGGAAACGGCAUAAAGUCAUUGGAGCUUUCAAGAGUCCACAUGGCCACACAAGGCCUCCUGCAUCUCUCAAGCAUGUUGUUCUCAUGCCCCUCUCCCAGAUCAAGAAGGUCCUGGACAUCAGAGAGACGGAAGACUGCCAGAAAGCUUUUGCCUUGGUUGUGCGGCCACCUACAGAACUCAACAACAAGCUGCUCAGUUUCCAGAUGACAACUGAAGAGCCUCGCAAGGAGGACUGGCUGAAGACGUUGUGUCGGCACGUGGCCAACACUAUUUGCAAAGCAGAUGCAGAAAAUCUCAUUUACACUGCUGACCCUGACUCAGUUGAAGUAAAUACUAAAGAUAUGGACAGUACUUUGAGCAGAGCAUCCAGGGCAAUAAAGAAAACAUCCAAAAAGGUUACAAGAGCGUUCUCUUUCUCAAAAACACCUAAGCGAGCUCUCCGAAGGGCUUUGAUGUCCCACAGCGCCACAGAGGGAAGGAGUCCCAGCUCAGCUAACGAGGGUUACAUCGGCAGCCGCCUGACGAGCACGUCGUCGUUAGCGAUUGCUCGUUCAUCUUCUACGUGCAGCCUAAAUGGAUCUGUCAAAUGUGCUGUUCAUGUUCAUCGCUCCAAUUCUGUUGAUUGGAGCUCUCAAAAUUCCAAGCCUCGACCUGUGCUGUGUCCUGGCUCUCCAAAUAUUCAUCUUUCAAAUGCUGCACAAGAAAAAGCCUCUUCCAACUUGGAAAGCUUAAAUGGCCAUGCCUUGGACAGACGAUGUCCUAUCCCCAUUAUUACUACCACUUGUGCUGAUGCUGGAGAUAAUAACCAGUAUGGUGCUGAAAAAUUGUGUACGUCAGAUCCUGACUGAAGUGAGCAAGAGAUCUUGAUUCCUCUAAAUUAAGAGAGCACGGUACAGUUGUAGAACUCUGGAAGCCACAGGGUGCUUUAAAUGGUGUUGGGCUCUUCUCUGACACGUCCUAAUGCACAUGGUUGGAGUCAACACUCACACGUGGUGUAAUUCUCUUUUUGGUUCUGGGUGUAAACUUUGUUCUUUCACAAAUCCUUUUAAAUCUAUUUUUUCUGUGUUUUUUUUUUUUUUAAUUUAUCUACAAUUGAAUUGUAGAUCAAUUCAAUUCAUUUCAGUUGUCCAAGUUGCAGUGUAGUUCAUUAGCCAGAGUUCUGAGGAAUUUAACUUGGUUGCAGGGAAGUUUUGAGCAGCUCAUUUUACCUGUGGCAAAAGCCUUAUCUAUAAAUAGAAAAGAUAUCUGGUAUAAAAUACUUGAGAGUCUAAUAAGAGCUGUUCUAUAAAGAGAAGUUUAGGAUCUUAUUUUCAAAUAUUCCCUAGGAGUGCAAAUUGAAGACAUGCCAUAAAUAGGCAUAAGACUUGUUCAUAGUGAAGUGGUAUAUCCUUACCUGCCCCAAAUAUCCCUGUUUAAAAGAUUCUUGAAGCACGCAAGUGCACGAGCUGCUUAACUACUGUGACCUGUUGAUAUGCUGAAAAGCUUGGCUGUGCUGUAAAGAGCAACAGAGCAUUGCUUGUGGAAGUAUCUUGAGGUCUAAUGUGAUAAGAAUAUAAAAUCUCAGCUAAUCCAAAGAGGUUUACUUUUAGUGCUACAUAUUGAUGUGUUGGUUUCACUGUAAUUUUAAGUGUCAAAAGCAGCUUAUUCUCCCAGCAUCAGGAAAGUCAGCUUUUUGCCUGGUAUGUGCCCAUCCAGGCAUAGCUAAAGCAAGCUUUGACAAAUCUUUGUGAUAUCUAUUGCCUUCUGCAGCCAAGAAGACGUGUGUUCAGCAUCUCAUCUGGGACUCAGAGCUGAUGAUAACACAGAAAGUUGUAGGAUCUAAGGGGAGCUCUGUUUCUCUAAGAGAUUAUCAUAAUGUAUCUUGCCUUCAAUUUGGAGGGAGAUUAUUAUUGCAAAAAGAUUGAUGCAGGAUGUAUGCUAAUACUUAGUUAACAGCUACUCUUCAAAAACAUGUUCUUGCAUUCCAAAUCUCUCAAGGCUGAUAACAAGGAAAAAAUCUUUCUUGCACAGUUUUUAAAACGUGUUCAACUUUUCUAACCCUAGAAAUGCUGAAUCGUUAAGUUCAAAAGCUGCCAAUCUUUAAGGUCUUCUGCACUCACAUAUUCCUUGUAUGAUGUAUCAAGGCUGAGAAACAACUACUGCACUAUUGACAUUGGCUAAUAAAUGAUCAGUAACU